UCUGAACCAUAUAUGACUAUAGCCAGAUAAAAUCCGGCAAACCCAUAAUUAUUGUCUGUUUUUAACAGUUAAUCGUAAAAAAAGACCAAAUUGAAAACCUACAAGACAAGGUUCUUUUAACUAGUUUACAUAGAACUAGCCGUUAUGUUAAACUCGAUGUACCUUGAUAGACAAAUCUCUGAUAGUAGUUGAUAUUAUUAACACAACCAUAUGUUCCUAUCCAUAAGGAAGGGUAGAGAAGUAAUCUGAAAGGAGAAAUGUAACCUUUGAGAUAAGCGAGAGACUAGGAAGAUGCGUGCGGCGAAAAUAGAUUCCUCUAAAGAAUACUUUUAAAUUGUUAGUUAACCGUUGAGAAUCUCCAAACAAUACAUUUUAUGAAAUUGUCAACGCUAGGAAUACUACUAUAUAAACCACUGGUGUAAUCUCUAAUCAUCAAUCAAUACACUUGCAUCAAAAUCUCAAACUAAUUAAAAAUGGGUGAUCCUAGUGGCGAGCCUGGAAGCUCCAUGCAUGGAGUCACCGGUAGAGAACAAAGCUUCGCUUUCUCGGUGGCUUCACCGAUUGUCCCGACCGACACAACGGCCAAGUUCGACCUUCCGGUCGACACGGAACAUAAGGCAAAGGUGUUCAAGCUCUUCUCCUUCGCAAACCCUCACAUGAGAACGUUCCACCUCUCGUGGAUCUCUUUCUCCACAUGUUUUGUCUCCACAUUCGCAGCUGCACCACUCGUCCCCAUCAUCCGUGAGAAUCUCAACCUAACCAAACAAGACAUAGGAAACGCUGGAGUUGCGUCCGUGUCAGGGAGUAUCUUCUCUAGGCUGGUGAUGGGAGCGGUUUGUGAUCUACUAGGUCCACGUUACGGUUGUGCCUUCCUUGUGAUGCUCUCCGCGCCAACGGUGUUCUCCAUGAGUUUCGUGGCUGAUGCCGGAGGGUUCAUUACGGUGAGAUUCAUGAUUGGUUUCUGUCUGGCGACGUUUGUGUCUUGUCAAUACUGGAUGAGCACUAUGUUCAAUAGUCAGAUCAUCGGUCUAGUGAAUGGGACAGCAGCUGGGUGGGGAAACAUGGGAGGUGGUAUAACUCAGUUGCUCAUGCCGGUUGUUUAUGAGAUCAUAAGACGUUGUGGUGCGACAGCGUUCACGGCUUGGAGGCUUGCCUUCUUUGUCCCUGGUUGGUUGCAUAUCAUCAUGGGAAUCUUGGUGCUCACGCUAGGUCAAGAUCUCCCAGAUGGGAACCGAAGUGCCUUGGAGAAGAAGGGAGAAGUUGCCAAAGACAAAUUCGGAAAGAUUAUGUGGUACGCUGUCACAAACUACAGGACUUGGAUCUUUGUUCUUCUUUAUGGAUAUUCCAUGGGAGUUGAGUUGAGCACUGAUAAUGUUAUAGCCGAGUACUUCUUUGACAGAUUUCACUUGAAACUCCACACAGCAGGAAUCAUAGCAGCAUCUUUCGGAAUGGCCAACUUCUUUGCUCGUCCAGCAGGAGGCUAUGCAUCUGAUAUUGCGGCCACUUACUUUGGGAUGAGAGGAAGGUUGUGGGCAUUAUGGAUCAUUCAGACAGCCGGUGGUCUCUUCUGUGUGUGGCUCGGCCGCGCAAACACCCUCGUCACAGCUAUUGUAGCUAUGAUCCUCUUCUCAUUAGGAGCACAAGCAGCUUGUGGAGCCACAUUUGCAAUAGUUCCUGUUGUCUCCAGACGAGCCCUUGGAAUCAUCUCGGGUUUAACCGGGGCUGGAGGAAACUUUGGGUCAGGGCUCACACAGCUCAUUUUUUUCUCGACCUCACAGUUCACAACCGAACAAGGACUUACAUGGAUGGGAGUGAUGAUAGUUGCUUGCACGUUACCUGUGACUUUAAUCCACUUUCCACAAUGGGGAAGCAUGUUCUUGCCUCCUUCCAAAGAUCCAGUCAAAGGUACGGAGGAGCACUACUAUGCUUCGGAAUGGAAUGAGCAGGAGAAGCAGAAGAACAUGCAUCAAGGAAGCCUCCGGUUUGCGGAGAACUCUAAGUCUGAGGGUGGCCGCCGAGUCCGUUCUGCUGCUACGCCGCCUGAGAACACACCGAACAAUGUUUGAUCAUACCAGUCACAUGGAAGUGUUGAAGGAUUGUUGCAGAUAAGAGUAUGUCCCACAGCUAGUUUUCUUCAAACGUUAUCAAUGCUUGCAGGACGUUAUUUAUAAUGUAUCUAUCUUUCUUUCACUAACGAAACCUUUGUAUUGUUCGGCUUUUAGAAUUCAUUUUUCUAAUCGAAGUAUACCAUGUGAUAUUUUGAACA